CAGCAGGAUGUGCGACGCGGGCGAAGGCCUCUACACCUUCCAGACCCAGGAGGGCGAGCAGAUCUACCAGCGCGUGCACAGCGCCACGUUGGCCAUUGCCGAGCAGCACAAGAGGGUCCUGCUGGAGAUGGAGAAGAACGUCAGGCUGCUGAACAAGGGCACUGAGCACUACUCCUACCCCUGCACGCCCACCACCAUGCUGCCCCGCAGCGCCUACUGGCACCACAUCACCGGCUCGCCGAAAAUCGCCCCGGCCUCUUCUUCCACAGGGGAGGCGUAUUCGGGCGCCCAGGCCAGCUCGGACACCGACCUCCUCAACAAGUUCAUCUUACUGAAGCCAAAGCCCUCCAAAAGUGAUAAACCCGAAAGUAGGGAGUCCAAAUCGUCUCAGUGAGCCCGCGGAGCGGGAGGACCGCUGCUGGGGCCUGCUGCAGCGAGGUGCGGGGGAAGCCAAGGAGCAGAGACGGUUGCUUUUCCCGUGCUCCCCUACCCCCUUUUUUUCCUGAGGGUGUCAAGGAUCUGGGAACCCUGCCCUCUCCUUGGAGCUGCAGGGAGACAGAGAUGGAGGCAGGUAGAUGCAUCCUCCGUGCCAAGACCUUUGGGGACCAGGUGCUGACAAUGGGGCCUCUCACCCUGACGUUACAGAAGGUGAUAGCUAGCCCUGUGUUAAAUGAUUUUAAAUAUAUAUUGCACAUACAUAUUAUAUAGUAAGAGACUUUUCCUUCUCACACGAAUGCAAACUUCAUAGCCACCGAAGAGACCUUGGAAGAGGAGAUGCUCAAUGUUUUUUUUUUUAAAUCUUGGGGACACAGCUGCAAGGUGGAAAAGAGUGGGGCGGUGACAUCGUGGGACAGGGAAACGCAGCCGCAGUGUCGCCCUGCCACGAGGGGGAACACCCCUGGCUCCCCCUGCACAGCGCUCAGAUGGACCGGAUAAUUUUCUGCUGCGGGGGCACGUGCCGGGGUCACCACUGGUGGGAACAGGAAAGCGCUGCCCAGCAUGCAGGGAAGGAGACGUGGCUGGAGGAGCAGCGCUGUGCUGGCCUGACCUGCUCCUGCCCGGCCGAGCGUCUCGAUUCCUUGCCCUGCAUGAAGAACAGGACCUCCCCCUCCCCCAGCCUGCUCGAGCAGAGACUCGCAAGGUGCCGUUGAGCUAAUUUUGAAUUUCUCGAAGAUAUUUAAACACACAUCGUAGACUUGCGAUGUCUCAGGAGAAACUGGUUUUUUCCUUGCAAAUGGAGGACUUGUGCGUGCGUUGGG